AUGCUGCUCCUUGCCCUGUUUCCCAUCUGCACUCUUCUCGUUUUGGCGGGAUGCGAAGCCGAAAAUCCUCUCAACAUUCUCGUGUACUCUCCUGUCUUCGGUGGGAGUCACAGCAAGUUCAUGGGUAAUAUUGCGGACACUCUGACGGAAAGGGGACAUAAUGUGGUUGGUUACUUUUUGUUUUCAAAACGAAAUGUUUUGUUUGCAGACCUUCCUGGUUCCUGUUGCGGAUGCGACCAGAAAACACGAGAUCGGAGUCAAACUUACCAAAAACGUUAUCAUUGUAGAUGUGAGUAUUGCACUUUUUCAAUGAUCCUAAAAUGUACUUCCAGAAGGAGGAUCAAAAAGUGACGGAAGGCCAGAAUGUGAAUAUGGAUGAGAUUCUGAGGCCAUUAUGGGAAAUUCAAAACAGACCAAUUGACUUUGCCACUGUAAGUUUCUUCAGAAAACAAUUUUCAAUAGACAUUCUUUAGUGUUUUGGAUUCUUCCUCGAAAUGAUGAAAACCACCUGCAAGGAGUUCACGGCCAACAGAAAAGUAUUCGAGAAUCUUUCCAAGAUUCACUUUGACGUGGCAAUUGCGGAACCCGUUUCGGUGUGCGGUCUCGGUCAGUUCAGAGCCGGUCAACUAAUGAUAAAAGCACUUUUCAGGCUAUUUCGAUGCGCUCGGAAUUAACAAAACCAUACUGGCCAGCUCGACGACCCAAUACGAGGGAGUUGUGAGGAACACUGGCGAGCCCGUCGACAUGAGUUAUGUGCCGGUGCACGGAGCGUACUUCGACGAGAAAAUGGACAUGUGGCAAAGGUACACGAAUUGGGCGGCCGAAGACGUGAUGGCGAGCAAUUUGGAGGCUAUGUUUGACGAGGAAAUGAGAGGAUAUCGAGGGAAUCUCGGGCAGAAAGUGGGCCAUUGGCGGGAGCUCCUUCCGGGCGCUUCUCUCAUGUUCACCAACUCAAAUCCGUACCUCGAUUUCCCGAGACCGGUCCUUCAGAAGACGGUUCCGAUUGCGGGCAUCUCGGUGGAGAUCAAUGCGAUCAGAGCACAGAAACUGGAUGGCAAAUGGGAUGAAAUAUUGAAUAAAAGAGAGCACAACCUGCUCAUUUCGUUCGGAUCGAUGGUCAAAUCGGCCACGAUGCCCGAGAAAUGGAGGUUCGUUCGAACGAGAAGCCCUCUAUGAACACAACCAGCUUUUCCAGAAAUACAAUUCUGAAAAUGAUAAAAUCAUUUCCAAAAGUAACGUUCAUUUGGAAGUACGAAUCAGACGACUUGGAAUGGGCGGAAGGAGCUGAAAACGUGCACUUCGUCAAAUGGAUUCCCCAGACGGCUCUUCUGAAUGACAUCCGAGUCUCUGCGUUCUUGACUCACGGAGGCCUCGGCAGCACGAACGAACUGGCGUACAUCGGCAAGCCGGCGAUUGUGGUGCCAAUCUUCGGGGACCAAGGAAGGAAUGCUCCGAUGUUGGCGAGGCACGGAGGCGCCAUAGUGCUGCAAAAGUUCGACCUGGAAAAGGAGGAUCUGCUGAAAGAGUACGUGCGGAAGAUCCUCUUCGAUGCGAGCUAUUCGAAGAAAGCGAACGAGCUGGCCGCUCUUCUGAAUGCGAGUCCGUUCAAACCGAAGGAACUGGUCGUGAAGCACACGGAAUUCGUGGCCAAGUUCGGACCACUCAGCCAGAUGGAUCCGUACAUUCGACAGUUGCACUGGUUCCAGAGGUCAUUCGCAGACAUUUACAUUCUCAUUUCAAUCUAUUACUGUGUCAUCACUCUUUUGCCUCUCUACCUUCUUCUCAGGAUCUUCAAAUGGCUUUAUUAG